AAAUAACGAUUUCUUUUUAAUAAUGAGCAAAGAAACAAGAAAUAAAAAAAAUUGUGAUUAAUUUCACUUGACAGUACGUGCGAGAUUCAUAAUUAUCAUAAAUUCGUGAGAAAUUGUCGUUGCAAAGCUGACAAUAGCGAUACAGAAAGAAUCCAACCUAACAAUGGCAGCCAGCGACUCAGCGGGCGAUGAUUCGUUGUAUCCUAUCGCCGUAUUAAUUGAUGAAUUAAAAAAUGAAGAUGUUCAACUUCGAUUAAACUCCAUCAAAAAGCUUUCAACCAUCGCCCUAGCAUUAGGUGUAGAACGUACAAGAUCAGAGCUAAUUCCGUUUUUAACUGAAACCAUUUAUGAUGAAGAUGAAGUACUUCUAGCUUUAGCUGAACAACUUGGAAAUUUCACUACACUUGUGGGGGGGCCUGAGUAUGCAUACUGUUUACUGCCACCUCUUGAAAGCUUGGCAACAGUUGAAGAAACUGUUGUGAGAGAGAAAGCAGUUGAAUCACUUAGAACUGUUGCCCAACAACAUAGUCCUGCUGAUUUAGAACAACACUUUGUUCCACUAUUACAACGAUUAGCUGCUGGAGAUUGGUUUACAUCUAGAACAUCAGCAUGUGGACUUUUUUCAGUCUGUUAUUCUCGAGUAUCUCCAUCAAUGAAAGAAAAUCUAAGGUCACAUUUUAGGGCACUUUGCCAAGAUGAUACUCCUAUGGUACGUAGGGCUGCUGCAUCAAAAUUAAGUGAACUGGCACAAGUUGUUGAACUAGAAUAUUUGAAAUCUGACCUUAUACCAAUGUUUGUUAAUCUUGCACAAGAUGAACAGGAUUCUGUUAGACUUCUAGCAGUAGAUGCAUGUGUUAGCAUUGCAAAUCUUUUGCCUCAAGAAGAUGUGGAGCAGCUUGUGAUGCCCACAUUAAGGCAAUGUACAGGUGACAAUUCUUGGAGGGUGCGUUAUAUGGUAGCUGAAAAAUUUACAGAACUGCAAAAAGCUGUUGGUCCAGAUAUAACCCGUACCGAUCUGGUACCUGCAUUCCAAAGUCUCCUGAAGGACUCCGAAGCGGAGGUUCGUGCCGCAGCCGCUAACAAAGUUAAAGAUUUCUGCCAAAAUCUAGACAAGGCUCACCAAGAAAGUUUAAUAAUGAACAAUAUUCUGCCUUGCGUUAAGGAUCUUGUGUCUGAUCCAAAUCAGCAUGUUAAGUCGGCUCUAGCGUCUGUUAUAAUGGGACUAAGUCCCAUUUUGGGCAGACAAAAUACUGUUGACCAUCUAUUACCCCUGUUUCUUUCACAAUUAAAAGAUGAAUGUCCUGAAGUUAGACUGAACAUCAUCUCAAACUUGGAUUGCGUCAACGAAGUCAUAGGAAUUCAGCAAUUGUCUCAAAGUCUGUUACCUGCCAUAGUUGAAUUGGCUGAAGACUCUAAAUGGCGUGUGAGGUCUGCCAUCAUAGAAUAUAUGCCACUUUUAGCUGGCCAGCUUGGUCAAGAAUUCUUCGACGAGAAGCUAAAUUCACUCUGCAUGACAUGGUUGAUGGACCACGUCUUUGCCAUCCGUGAGGCAGCUACAUUGAAUUUGAAGAAACUGGUAGAACAAUUCGGAUCAGAAUGGGCCGAGAACACGAUAAUACCGAAGGUGCUGGCGAUGUCACGCGACCAAAAUUAUCUCUACAGGAUGACGUGCCUGUUUUGUAUCAACGUAUUGGCCGAAGCCUGCGGAACGGAUAUAACUACACGUCUUCUUUUGCCGACAGUGUUGAGUAUGGCCGGUGAUAAAGUGGCCAACGUGAGAUUCAAUGUGGCCAAGACUUUACAAAAGAUUUCGCCUCAUUUAGACCAGGCUGUGAUCCAGCCCCAGGUUAAACCAAUACUUGACAAACUCAAUGCCGACCCGGAUAUAGACGUCAAGUAUUCCGCAUCCGAAGCCAUUGCGGGAAUUGCAGGUUUAGGUUGAAGAUGUAGGUCCACUGUUUAGUAUCAGUUUCGUGUGACUUCAAGACCAAGUCUUAUCAUCAAUAAUUAUUAUUAAAUUUAC